AUGGUUACCGCCUUGAACUCAGGUAGCGCUGCCCCAACUAAACCCUGGGAGAAAAACGAAACAAUAGCCGCCGCGCAUGCUAGCAGCGACUUCAUGAAUUCUGGUGCCGUCCCUUCGCAGUCCUCAGAGGUUUUAGAAAGCUCUACAUCCUCUCAUGCUUUGCCUCCUAGCGGUGUGGGGACGACGCAAGGUUUUGGACUAACUAAUGGGGCAUCUACGCUUGGCCCUGUGCCUCAAUAUGGUUCAUCUGGGUUUGGAGCGACAGGUAAUGGAUAUGGAGCAGCCGGUUAUGGCACAGGGCCAGGCAUAAUGUACGGCUCAGGUUACGGUGGUAUUGGAGGAUAUGGCGGUAUGAAUGCGUAUGAAAGAGGCAUAGGAGGCUAUGGUGAUAGCUUUGGAGGCUUUGGCUACAGAGGGUACGGCGGCAUGUCAAGAAUGGGCGCUAGCGGCUUGAUGGACCCAAACAACUGUAACCUGGGCUGGCUUAAUAGCAUACAUCAGAUUGUAAGCUCAGUUGGUCAAAUCACGGAGCUUCUUGGCAUGAAUGCCGAGGCGUUAAAUUUUUGCAUUGGGAGUUCUGUGCACUUUCUUGAACGAUUAGGGGCCAUGUGCGCUAAUGUUACCUCUAUGCUAGCGCCUCGACCCGUAUUUCCACCUGGCCAUCCACGACACGGCGAGUGUCCAGUGGCUACUGACGAAGAGAUGAGUCGACGACGGCGUGUACGUAUAUUUAAAUUUAUGUUAGUCAUGGCGGUGCUUGCUGUAUUAUAUAAGGGUCUAAGGCUGCUCGCGCGGCUGCGCACAAGGGCGGUGAAUAAGAUGCUAGUUACGCCGCCGGCUGUAGGUGAUUUGGAAAGUAUUUUUCAGCGAACAGUGGGCGUCAAACAUUUUAAUUAA